AUGUGGACAAGAAUUUUAAGUUUGAUUGUUUUUUGUUGCAUGGCUGUGAAGCUUGGGGAUUGUAAAAACUCAUUUAUCGUUACUGGUUCGAACACAAUCCCCUUUCAAACUAAAUAUUCAGUAGCAGUGGCAUCAACAGGAUACAACAAGCCUGAAACUCUUCAAAUCAAAAUUUAUGGAAAAUCAGGGAACGAAACAAUCUACGAAAAUAUCAAAAAUGUUGUUUUAAAAGAUAAUGCAUUAGAAAUAGUGAAUUUUGAUCUUAAAGAUCAAGUACCAGGAAAUUACUUCAUCAAAGUCAAAAAUCAGACAUUUAAACAGGCUACCAGACUUCAUUUAAAUACAAAGAAAUUUUCUGUCUUCAUUCAAACUGAUAAGGCAAUUUAUAAACCAGGCGAAAAAGUGCAAUUUCGGGUUCUUGUACUGAAUGCUGACACAAAGCCAUUUUCGACACAAAGUGUUGAAGUUUAUAUCACUGACGGGAGCAACAACCGAAUUAAGCAAUUUGAUAAAGUAUUCACUAGAAGGGGCGUAUUCAGGCACGCAUUGCAAUUAUCUGAUGAGCCAGUUCUUGGUAGUUGGAUGAUUCAUGUAAAAGUCAAUGAACAAGAUUCAGAAACCACGAAAAAUUUUGAAGUUGCUGAAUACGUGCUGCCAAAAUUCGAGGUCAAUAUUGUCACUAAAGAUAAAGUUUUUAAGGAUGAUGACAUUGUCGUUUCAUACAAUGCUAAGUAUACUUACGGCAAAGAAGUCGAAGGAAGUGCAAUUGUUAAUGCAGAAAUAAUAGACUAUUAUUGGUGGGGAAAUCCGGCAAGAGUUGUAGAAAAGUCCUUAGACAACUCUACUAAAACCACGUCCUUAAGUAUCAAAAAUGACUUGAAUUUAGUAAAUGUUUACUGGAUACAAACCGUUCGUUUAACUGUAACAUUCACAGAAGCAUUAACUGGAAAUCAAAGGAAUGCAACGGCAACGGUUGAUGUAUAUGAAAAUCUUUAUAGCAUUCAAUUAAUCAAUUCUGAUAACAAUGUUAAAGCUAAUUUACCAUUUACAGUGAAAGCUUUUGUAAAAGAUAUAUACGAAGUUCCAGUAACAGAUAACAAGGAACCUAUAAACUUUGAAGUAACAUAUACUUAUGAAUAUCCACCUGAGACAAAAACUACACUAGCUCCUAGCACACCUUCUGAUGGAGUUCAAACAACAACCAAUGGAGACUUAACGACGGUUCCAUUAUUUGGUUGGUGGAAUCAGUGGAUUCCGGCUCCAACUAAAGUUGUGACUUACAAAAAAUAUUUGAGAAAUGGAAUGACAGAGCUAUCAUUUACUUUAGAAGCAAAUGUCACGUCAAUCAGUAUCAGUUCAACAUACAAAGGAGCUCACGGAUAUUCUUAUGCUGGAGUCAAACCAACACAGAAUAAGCAAUUCAUUGAAAUCAAAGUUCCAGAAAAGCUUCCAAUGGAUAGAGCAUCAUCAUUAGAAAUUAUUUCAAACGUUAAAAUUAAUCGCAUAAAUUAUCUCGUUUUUGCUAGGAAUAAUAUAGUUUCAAAAGGACAUAUUAAAGGAUCUAAUUCAAAAAGCUUGAAAUUUAACUUCCAACCAACAUUUAGCAUGACUCCAUCUGCUAAAAUAAUCGCUUUUUAUGUCACGUCUGAUGGAGAAAUUAUUUCUGAUUAUAAAUUUUUAAACUUUGAUAAUUUGCUGCCUAAUUUCGUAAACAUUGAUUUGUCACAGUCCGAAACAAGACCAAGCAGUCUUCUUAAUAUUUCAGUCAAAUCUAAGCCACUAUCAUAUGUCGGCUUACUUGGUGUUGAUCAAAGUGUCUUGCUUCUAAAAUCAGGAAAUGACAUUGAACAAGAUAUGAUUACUAAUGAAUUGUUUGGAUAUACAUAUCUUGAUCAGUAUAAUAAUGAUUGGGAAGAGCCCACAAAUUAUAAUUACUACACAGAUUUUUCAGCGUUAGAUGUAUUCAUUCUGACAAAUGCUAAUCCACAAUAUGAAGAGAUUAUCCGCUACAGACCUGAUUUCAUAAACUCUCAAGGUGCAGCUCCAACAACAAGUACAGGACUUCCUCCUCCUACAACUAAUGAAAUCAUUCCGGAAGUAAUCCCAAGUGGUGGUGCUGAAAUCGUAACCAGGAAAAAUUUUCCAGAAACCUGGUUAUUUGAUUGUAUUGAUAACGUUAAAGGAAGCAAGAAUAUUAUAAGAAAAGUUCCAGACACUAUAACAUCAUGGGUCAUCACUGGAUUCUCAAUGAAUUUCCAGCAUGGACUUGGAUUGACUAAGGAACCAACGAAACUUACAGUAUUCAUGCCAUUCUUUAUUUCCUUAAACCUUCCAUAUUCAAUCAAAAGAGGCGAGAUUAUUUCAAUCCAGGCAAUAAUUUUCAAUUAUAUGAUGGAUGAUUGUACAGCUACUGUUACAAUGUUCAAUGAAAAUCAAGAAUUUGAAUUUGUGGAGAAAACACUAAGUCAAAAAAAUUUAAUCAAGAAAAUUAAAACUAAAGCUAAUAGUGGAACUUCUGUGGAAUUUAUCAUCCGUGCAUUAAAAGUUGGAUAUGUAACUCUUAAAAUAGAGGCAUUGACAGUUUUAGCCGGUGAUAGAAUUGAACAGAAACUAUUUGUUGAGCCUGAAGGAAUUACAAGAUAUAUCAAUCAAGCUAUUCUUAUUGAUUUAAGAACUCAAAAUAAUUUUAUGAAAACAAUCGAUAUUGUCGUUCCAGAAGACAUUGUUUCUGACUCAUUAAAGAUCGAGGCUUCCCUAAUUGGAGAUAUUUUAGGGCCGACACUCGACAAUUUAGACAAGCUAAUCCAAAUGCCUUUUGGUUGUGGAGAACAAAAUAUGUUGAACUUUGUACCUGAUAUCAUCGUCCUUGACUACCUGACAAGUGCAAAUAGACUGACUCCGAAUACAGAGACUAAACUCAAAAGUUAUAUGGAAUCAGGAUAUCAACGAGAACUAAUAUACAAACGUGAUGAUGGAUCUUUCAGUGCUUUUGGAAAAAAUGAUCAAUCUGGAUCAACAUGGUUAACAGCAUUUGUUGCAAGGUCCUUCAAUCAAGCUUCAAAAUACAUAACUAUAGAUCAAAAUGUUAUUUCUCAAUCACUUGCUUUCUUACAAAAUGUUCAAGCUAAUGAUGGAAGCUUCACGGAAAAUGGAGUUGUUCAUCACAAAGCAAUGCAAGGUGGUUCAUCAAGUGGAACUGGAUUAACUUCUUACGUCUUACUCACUUUCUUAGAGAAUGAAGAACUAACUGCAACCUACAAAAAAACAAUUACCAAAGCUGUUGACAAUAUUGUCAUGCAUGUCAGUGAAAUCGAUGACGUCUACACAAUGUCUAUUGUUGCAUAUACUUUGUAUCUGGCUGGCAGAACAUCCACAGCAGAUAUGCUCCUGAAAAAACUAGAUCAGCAAGCGAAUAAUACAGAUGGAACUAGACAUUGGGACAAAAAAACAAAUGACUUAUAUCUUACUUCUUUAAGUACCGAGACAUCGUCAUAUGCUCUUUUAGCUUACUUACAGGCAUUUAAAGAUGUCGAUGCAUUGCUUAUUGCAAAAUGGUUGGUCUCCCAGAGAAAUUCAUUUGGUGGAUUUGAAUCAACUCAAGAUACAGUUGUUGGUCUAUUGGCACUGUCUAAAAUAGCUGCAAAGAUAUCAUCAAAAACGUUGAGCAUCAAAGUCGACUUAAAAUAUCAAAAUAAUAUGAAGACAUUGAACGUUGAUCUUAAAAAUGCUUUAGUCCUACAAAAAGUUGAACUGCCAUCGACCAUUAGAAAGAUUGAUAUCACAGCAUCUGGAAAUGGAUUUACUAUUGUCCAAAUUUCAUAUCAUUACAACUUAAAGGAACCUAAAAUAAUUAAUAAUUUCAUUUUGAGCGCUAAGGUUUCAGCAAAAGUUGAUUACUUCUUUACGUUAGAAACUUGUGUUGGUCUUAAUAACAUGAAUCAAUCGAAUAUGGCAGUCAUAGAAAUUUCGACUCCAAGUGGUUACAUUUUUGAAUCUGAAAGUCUGAACUCUGUUGUUGGUUCCUCAAGUAAUGUUAAGAGAGUUGAGACCAAAAAUGGAAAUACUUUAGCAAAUGUUUAUUUGGACUAUCUCCAACCUAAAAUUCAAUGCCUUUAUGUUAAUGCAACGAAAUCGUUUAAUGUUGCAGAUCAAAAACCAGCAUCAAUUGUUGUUUAUGAUUACUAUGCUAAUGAUUUGCGCACUGAAACAUUUUACACGCCAGCAAAAAUAGUUCUGUGUGACAUAUGCACUCCCAAUGAUUGUCCUGAUGUCUGCUAA